AAGACAUGGGGUUACUUCAAACUCUAAUUAUGAGAAAGCAAACAUAAUUCUGAAAACUUCAACAAAAGUUCGUUUUGGUUCACAAACAAGGAAAGAUGAGAAAGUGAGUGCAAAACCCAUAAGCUAAAGAGAAAAUAAGGGGGAGAUUAAUUUGAUUUCCUGUUGUAUUUCAAGGUUACUCUCUGCAGGUUUAGAUCAAUUAGUGGAGUAAAUUUCCAGUAACAAAUGAUGGCUAGAAACCCUAACUGGUGGAGUGUGAAUGGCAUGCAUCCACAGUCUCACCAGCUCUCUUCUUCUUCUCCAUUCCUGUAUGUUUCUUCUUCAUCAUCUUCGGCUGCUACGGAUUCUUCAACUGCGAAUCCCUCUCAAGAAUUUCCCGUACGGUCAUGGAGCCAACUGCUUCUGAGCGGAUUGGCCGGAACUGGAGAAGAAGAAAGGUUUGGUGGUAGUCUUUUUCAACAACAGAAGAAGGUAGAGAAUUGGGAAGACCAUGUUUUGAACCCAUCUUUAAGGGAUCCUGUUGUUGAUGUAAAGCAAGAAGUUGCUCAAACAAGCCAACUUUAUGGUCACGUAGACGAGGAAUUUCAAGUUUCUAGAUCUUCUUGUUGGCCUCAAAUAAUUCCAGUGUCGUCCCCUACCUCUUGUAUCACAAGCUCAAGCAACAAUAUCUUGAAUUUCUCCGGCGCCAAGGUCGACCACGACAGGAAGACUCAACUUCCAGAUCAUUCUUCUGAGUGCAACAGCACGAGCACUGGAGGGGUAUCUAAGAAGCCUAAGGUUCAACAGUCUUCCACUCAACCAGCUUUGAAGGUGAGAAAGGAGAAAUUAGGGGAUAGAAUAACAGCUCUUCACCAACUUGUUUCUCCAUUUGGAAAGACUGACACUGCUUCAGUCCUGACUGAAGCCAUUGGUUAUAUCAGAUUCCUUCAGGGUCAAAUUGAGGCACUGAGUUCGCCGUACAUGCGCAAUGCAACAAGAAGCAUGGGUCACCAACAAUCUGUUCAAGAAAGGGAUUGUUUAUUUUCAGAAGAGUCUAGUCAGUUCUUGAAUGAUGUUGGCAUGGAAGGGAAAGGAGCUUCUGAGGAGAAUAGCGAAGAUGAAGAGAAGGAUUUGAGAAGUAAAGGGCUGUGCUUGGUUCCAGUUUCUUGCACUCAGCAUGUGGGAAAUGACAUUAAUGGAGCUGAUUACUGGGCUCCGGCUCUUGGUGGCGGAUUUUGAUUUUGAUUUAUUUUCUGCCGCCGUGCGCCAGUACUCCGACGCAGCGGCCUGGUGGUGGAGCUAGCGAUAACAUCAGAAACAGUCAGUCUCCAAGCGAGGUUGACUGCCCCUGAUGCUACCAUGCAUUCUGAUAGAGUGAAGAAGACUUUCUGUUUUAAAAAAUAAUAUGAACAAUAAUAAUGAUUAAUGACCUAGCUGAUGUCCCAUGUAUAUAUGCAUUUUAACUUUAGUUGGCUCCAUUUAAUAUCAUCUCUAGCUCUAUUAUUCUUA